GUGGCGGCGGCGGGGCCUCGCGCGCGCGGUUAUUUAUUUAUUUCCGGGCCGGCGCGCUUAUAAUGGAGCCGCUGUGCGCGGAGCCUCCCGCCGCCGCCGCCGCCGCCGCCGCCGCCGUCCCUCCUCUUUUUUUUCCCGGCAGAUCUUUGUUGUGUGGGAGGGCAGCGGGGAUGGACUUGAGCUUGCGGAUCGCCUGCUAGAGCCGCCGCGCUUGGAGAGGGCGCCGCAGCCGCCGCCCCGAGGCCCCGCCGCUCCGGCUCCGGCUCCGGCUCCGCCUGCCGCGCCCGCUCGCCCCUCGCCUCCUCGCGCAGCCCCUCGCCUCGCGGCGGCAGAUGUGUGUGGGGUCAGCCCACGGCGAGGACUAUGGUGAAAUUCCCGGCGCUCACGCACUACUGGCCCCUGAUCCGGUUCCUGGUGCCCCUGGGCAUCACCAACAUAGCCAUCGACUUCGGGGAGCAGGCCUUGAACCGGGGCAUCGCUGCCGUCAAGGAGGAUGCAGUGGAGAUGCUGGCUAGCUACGGGCUGGCGUAUUCCCUGAUGAAGUUCUUCACGGGGCCCAUGAGUGACUUUAAAAACGUGGGCCUGGUGUUCGUGAACAGCAAGCGGGACAGGACCAAAGCUGUCCUGUGCAUGGUGGUGGCCGGAGUCAUCGCCGCCGUCUUUCACACACUCAUCGCUUAUAGUGAUUUAGGUUACUACAUUAUCAAUAAGCUGCACCAUGUGGACGAGUCGGUGGGGAGUAAGACAAGAAGGGCCUUCCUCUAUCUCGCUGCCUUCCCUUUUAUGGAUGCCAUGGCGUGGACCCAUGCUGGCAUUCUCUUAAAACACAAAUACAGCUUCCUGGUGGGAUGUGCCUCAAUCUCAGACGUCAUAGCUCAGGUCGUUUUUGUAGCCAUUUUGCUCCACAGCCACCUGGAAUGCCGGGAGCCGCUGCUCAUCCCCAUCCUGUCCCUGUACAUGGGUGCGCUCGUGCGCUGCACCACGCUGUGCCUGGGCUACUACAGGAACAUCCACGACAUCAUCCCCGACCGGAGCGGGCCCGAGCUGGGGGGAGAUGCAACAAUCAGAAAGAUGCUGAGCUUCUGGUGGCCUUUGGCUCUGAUCCUGGCCACGCAGAGGAUCAGCAGACCCAUCGUCAACCUCUUCGUCUCCCGGGACCUCGGGGGCAGUUCUGCAGCUACAGAGGCUGUGGCAAUUUUGACAGCCACAUACCCUGUGGGCCACAUGCCAUACGGCUGGUUGACAGAAAUCCGAGCUGUGUAUCCUGCUUUUGACAAGAAUAACCCCAGCAACAAGCUGGCGAACACGAGCAACACGGUCACCCCAGCGCACAUCAAGAGGUUCACGUUUGUGUGCAUGGCCUUGUCACUGACGCUCUGCUUUGUGAUGUUCUGGACCCCCAAUGUCUCCGAGAAGAUUCUGAUAGACAUCAUCGGAGUGGACUUUGCCUUUGCCGAGCUCUGUGUCAUUCCUCUGCGUAUCUUCUCCUUCUUCCCAGUUCCAGUCACCGUCAGGGCCCAUCUCACUGGGUGGCUGAUGACCCUGAAGAAGACCUUUGUCCUGGCGCCCAGCUCCGUGCUUCGGAUCAUCGUGCUCAUCACCAGCCUCGUGGUCCUACCAUACCUGGGGGUACAUGGAGCCACCCUGGGCGUGGGCUCCCUGCUCGCAGGCUUCGUGGGAGAAUCCACUAUGGUCGCCAUUGCAGCAUGCUACGUCUACCGGAAACAGAAAAAGAAGAUGGAGAAUGAAUCCGCCACGGAGGGAGAGGACUCCGCGAUGACCGACAUGCCUCCCGCCGAGGAGGUGACAGACAUUGUGGAAAUGCGAGAGGAGCGCGACUGAAGCACUGGACACCGAGGGGCACCGCAGGGACAGCUGGACGACACUGCACCGUCGUCUCCUCCCUCUCCCACUGCGUCCUCUCUCUCCCCCGCCAUGUCCCCCUCCCAAUGGAAGAGGCCUUGAUUUAAAGGUUUCCUGUAAAUCCUCUAGCAUACUGGGUAUGCUCACACUGAUGUGGGGACCUAAGGAAGGGUCUUUACUGUCGCUUUGUAAACACAAAACCAUUGACUUUGUGCCCCUGCUUCACGAGAACCGAAGGACAUAGCUGCCUCAUAGUCGAAGUCUCUACUCCCGGAACAAUCUCCACUUGGAACCAAAGGACUGCGCCUGUGCCACCGUCCAGCGGGCUCCUCUGCCCAGCAGGCCCUGGACUCUGUCCCUCUGUGUCUUUGGAAUCAGCAGGUGAAAGUGUGGCCACUCUGACUCGCUUCCAGGCAGUGUGGAUGUACAGAGACGGGAGCGGGCGCCAGUGCCCCUGCACCGCGGACACGCCAGCUGCCUGCAGCACACAGAAGGUGGCCACGGGCCACAGCUGGAGUCACCACUCGAACCGAGGAACAGAUCAGUGACCACGCCCGGCUGCGGUACGGAAACACUGUCCCGCAGGAAGCUUCGCGACGCCACCAGAGCAGCACCUCACUCUGUGUCCUCCAGUUUGCGUGAGCCCUCCCCGCCCACGUGUAUAUACAUGAGCUAAGUUUUCAAAGUCGUGCACAAGCGCAUCUCCAGACGCCAGCGUCCCUCCCUCCGCAUGACUCUCCCCGAGGGCUUGCUUGUCACUCACCUCUCCUGAAGGUGGCACUAGAGCGAGCUUACCGGCGCCUUCUAACUUCCCACUUAGUUUUCCCGUGAACUGAAGCUUUAAGUCUAAUCUAGCAUUCUAAUGCCAGAUUGCUGUCUCCUAACCUUUGAAGUAGAUUUAUUACCUGGUUCUGCCACUCCCAGUCACAACUGUGCGGUACAGGUAAUUCAGAGUGUACCACGGUACUUCUGUCUCACACACACCAUAAAGCAAGACAUUUUAUAGACGAUUAUCAAAGUCACUAUGUGAUACUCCCUGAAAUAAUGCAUUGGAAGUCCAUUUAGUGCAGUAUAUUUUUCUAAGUUUUUGAAAGCGGGUUUUUUCCUUUAAAAAAUUAUGGCCACAGGUCACUAAAUUGAUUUAGUCAAAAUAACUAGACUGAAAGAACCUAAACAAAAAAAAAAUAUUUUAAAGAUAUAAAUAUAUGCUGUAUAUGUUAUGUAAUUUAUUUUAGGCUAUAAUACAUUUCCUAUUUUCGCAUUUUCAAUAAAAUGUCUCUAAUACAAUAUGGUGAUUGCCUGCGUGCUAGCAUACAUACAGUAGAAUUACUUCACUGGCCAUUCUAUCUUACUUGUGGCAGUUUUGGUUUCUUUUUUUUUUUACAAAGUCCUUCUGUAUGAAUGUAAGGGUUGGUGGUAAAUAACAAGAGAACUAUUUUCCAUGAUGGGUAACUGGAAAUAAAUGGGUCUACUGGUAUACACGACAGGGGAGAUGAGGGUAAGUCGGAAGGGCAGCAAAGAAAAAAGGCCUCGCGUGUCUGUUGUCUUCGCGCUGUGUAACCGCACUGUUCCUCAGAGAGACAAGACUGUAAGGGCGGACAGCAGGCCGUGGACAGCACUGGGUUUCAUUCACAUCCCUGGAUACUCACCGCCCCGCGGAUGUGCCUACCAUGGGGACGAGUCCCUGCAUACUUCCUCCAAGUGGCUUUUCAUUUAUAUAUAGACGGUUAAGACACAUAGCUGCUUUGGGGGGGGUUCAGGGGCAGAUCUGAAAUGAUGGAAAAAAACCCCAUCUAAUUGUACUGGCUUUUUUUAAAGUACGUGACUAGAAAAUUAAACAGCAGUAUUUUUUAA